AUCAUCAUCACAGCUGAGUUUGUACUUGUAAUGCUUAAAAUACGAGCUUCAACUUCCAGCUGUCAAUCAUUUGUCUGUUCUGUUUCUGGUGUUUGUCCUCCUGUUACUUUCUUCAGUUGACCUUUUUCACGAAGUCUCUCUCUUUAUCUCGCCAUUUUCUCCCCUGUGCGCAAGCUUUUUUGAGUUUUGAGGAUUUGAGAGGCAGAGAUCAUGGAGGAAAGCCAAGAAGAACUUGCCUUGACCCAGUUAAGAAAAUCAGUCGAGAAACUCUCUGCUUCCACAGAGGGAUAUGAGAAACCGACAUUGAUGAGGUUCCUGAUUGCAAGAUCAAUGAACCCAAACAAGGCAGCAAAGAUGUUUGUAGACUGGCAAAAGUGGAGAGCCUCCAUGAUACCUCCCCCCGGAUGCAUCCCAGAUUCAGAAGUGAAGGAUGAACUGGAAACAAGAAAGAUGUUUCUUCAGGGUCCAACCAAAUCAGGACAACCUCUGGUAGUUUGCAAGGUCUCCAAGCAUUUUCCGUCCAAGGAUCAACUUCCUUUCAAAAAGUUCCUUGUUCAUGUGCUAGACAAAUCUAUUGCAAGUGCCAUCCAAGGAAAAGAAGUAGGAGAUGAAAAGGUGGCAUGCCUUAUUGAUCUGCAAAACAUUACAUACAAGAACCUUGACGCUCGUGGAACUAUAACCGGCUUUCAAAUCUUACAAGCUUACUACCCGGAACGCCUCUCAAAAUGCUACAUCUUGCAUAUGCCUGGAAUUUUCGUGACACUUUGGAGAUUUGUCUGCCGUUUUCUAGACAAAGCAACUAAAGAGAAGAUUGUAAUAGUAACGGAUGCUGAAGAACAGCAAAGACUAGAAGAGGAAGUAGGACUAGAUGCCUUGCCUGAAGAAUAUGGUGGACGAGCUAAGCUAACAGCAUUCCAAGAUGUUCUUCUUCCUCUGGCUGCUCCAUGAAUGCUAACACCAAACACUAAUGCUUCGCUCUUUAUUUCUUUUGGGAGCAUUUAACACCAUAAAUCUUGGCGCUUUCAUGAUUAGAACAGAACUUUUGUUAUUACAACUUUUCAACUACUUUAACCUUCCAUAAGAAGCAACUAAACACAUCUAAUUGAGAGAUCCCAAUUUGUGAGAUUCGGUAUUUAGUAC